AUGAAGGUCACCAUCAAGAAGUGGAAUACGGUCGCUACUUGGCGCUGGGACAUACCUGAAGACGAUGUUUGUGGUAUCUGUCAGGUCCACUUUGACGGGACGUGCCCGACAUGUAAAUACCCAGGCGACGAUUGCAGCCUGUGCUUUGAGUGGAAUGAACAACUGAAAGAACCAGUCACGCAGGCCGAGUAA